GCGAGGGAGGACGUGCCGGCCGGAGCAGCAGCCGCGGAGACGCGCCCGGCGUGGGAUUGGCGGCGUUCCUGCCGGAGGCCGGGGCUGCGAGCGCCGCGGGAGACGUAAAAGGGCUGCUGCACCUCCGACCGCCGCGGGACGCACGCGGCCGCCUCGAGGCCGCCCCUGAGCGGGCCUCCCAGCCCCGCCGUCCAGCGCCCCCUGGCCCGCUCGCGCCGCCGGCCCGCCAGCUCUUCGGGGAGCCCGGGGUAUGAACGGCUACGGCUCCCCCUAUCUGUACAUGGGCGGCCCGGUGUCGCAGCCGCCGCGGGCGCCCCUGCAACGCACGCCGAAGUGCGCGCGCUGCCGCAACCACGGCGUGCUGUCCUGGCUCAAGGGCCACAAGCGCUACUGCCGCUUCAAGGACUGCACGUGCGAGAAGUGCAUCCUCAUUAUCGAGCGGCAGCGGGUCAUGGCGGCGCAGGUGGCACUGCGCCGGCAGCAGGCCAACGAGAGCCUGGAGAGCCUCAUCCCCGACUCGCUGCGCGCCCUGCCGGGACCCCCGCCGUCUGGGGACGCCGCCGCCCCGCAGCAGCCGCCGACCUCGCAGCCGUCCCAGCCGCCGCGCCCUGCCGCCGAGUUGGCUGCGGCCGCCGCGCUGCGCUGGGCCGCCGAGCCCCAGCCCGGGGCGCUGCAGACGCCGCUCGCCAAGCCAGAUUUGACCGAAGAGCGACUUGGGGACAGCAGCUUGGCCGACAGCGCAGAGACCUUCAGCGACAAAGACACGGACCAGAGGAGCUCCCCGGAUGUUGCAAAAAGUAAAGGCUGCUUCACCCCCGAGAGCCCCGAGAUAGUGUCGGUGGAUGAAGGUGGGUAUGCAGGCCAGAAAAACGGGGGCACCUCGGACAGCCGCUCCGGCAGCCCCAAGUACCACGGGGAGCAGAAUCACCUCCUGAUCGAGGGCCCCUCGGGAACCGUCUCUCUGCCCUUCAGCUUGAAGGCCAACAGACCCCCCCUGGAAGUGUUAAAAAAAAUAUUCCCCAACCAGAAGCCCACGGUGCUGGAGCUGAUCCUGAAGGGCUGUGGGGGGGACCUGGUGAGCGCCGUGGAGGUCCUGCUGUCCAGCCGGUCCUCGGUCUCGGCCGCCGAGCGAACUGCCGCGGAGCCCGAGAGCCUCGUGUUGCCCUCCAACGGGCACAUCUUCGAACACACCUUGAGCUCCUACCCCAUCUCCUCCUCCAAAUGGUCCGUGGGGUCGGCCUUCCGAGUCCCAGACACGUUGAGGUUUUCUGCGGACUCUAGUAACGUUGUCCCCAACCCCCUGGCCGUGCCCCUGCAGCACCCCUUCCCCCAGCCGCCCCGCUACCCUCUCAUGCUGAGGAAUACUCUGGCCAGAAACCAGUCGAGCCCCUUCCUGCCCAACGACGUCACCCUGUGGAACACCAUGACGCUGCAGCAGCAGUAUCAGCUGAGGUCCCAGUACGUCAGCCCUUUCCCGGGGAACUCUGCCAGCGUCUUCAGGAGCUCGCCGGUCCUCCCCGCGCGCACCCCCGAGGACCCGCGGAUCUCCAUCCCUGACGAGGGGUGCCCCAUGGUGUCCAAGCAGCCCAUCUACCCCGAGGACGACUACGACGAGCGGUCCGACUCCUCAGACUCCAGAAUACUCAACACAUCAUCUUAAAGUGGAACCGGGUGGGAAGGGACCAGGUGACACUUUCUGUGCAUCUGAACCCUGGGAGGGGGCAGGGGGGAGGGUCUGAGGAGAAGCCACAUCCUGUGUAUACCUUUUCCUUCUGUUUGACAAAGUGACUGUGCUUGAUUCUAUUAGCAAUAAAAACAUAACUUAUUUAAUUUCUUGCACUUCACUGGGAAAUGCCAAAUAGCUCUGCUCUGUGGCUUUAGUGCUGAAAUGCUUAUUGUACAAGAGAGUCUCGUGCUAAGCAUAGUCUUGGGAAAGCCGGGACCGCGGAAGAUUUAUUUGGGGAUGUGACGCUGAAGGUCAGCCUUGCUCCUAAACUCCACCCGGAGUGUUCAGUACAACCGUAUACUUGAAUGCAGUUUGGUGGAGGGAUUCCUCAGGACAUGUGGCUCCCAAAGGAAGUGGUGCGAUUGCAGAGGGACUGCAAACAGGGACAUUAUGUUCUUGCGCUGGAAGUCCGUCUUGCAUUUUAAAGGAGAGACUGCGCUGAAGAACAGAGCGAACGGCCCACAUGCUUAUUUAAGCUUGGACAGUUUUCAGAGACAAACCCCAUUAAGAAUUAUUCCUUUCACAUGGCUGAAUCGAAACACGUGUAAUGUCAAUGUAAAACCCGUCACAGCUGUGAACUGCAUGAAAUGUGUUGUGAAAUGAACACGAGAUUAAGCUUUGUCGGGUUAAUGUAGCAUGCUAA